ACCUCUUUAUACCAACAGCUUUCAUAUGUGUGGCUGCAGUAUUUGAUGUUAGUCAUUUAAUGGUCAGACGUUCUAAAAGAAAUACAUAAAGUAUGUGGGAGAAAUUAAUAUUGGUUUGUGUAGUGUCAAUACUGAUUGCAAACAAUUUAGUCCAGUCCACGCUGACCUGUUCUCCGCCGUGGACGAGGGUGCACCGUGGCUGUUACCUUUUUAAGAAGGAUCUGGUCACGUGGUACGAGGCCAGGCAGACCUGUCAAAAAGAGGGGGGUUACUUGGCCUCCAUGUCCAGUAAAGCAGAAACGGUACGGGUUCUACUAAAUAUUCACCCUCUGAUCACGACCAUGUCUAUGAGGCAGUGGUGGCUUGGGCUCUCCCUCAACAAAAAAAUCGCCAAAUGGAAAUGGGAAGACGGAACUGACCUUCAGACGACGGUCAUUGCUUGGAAACCCGGUGAGCCUAACAACUCUUUGAGGAAAGAAGAGUGUGGAGAAAUGGAUAUUGCAGGCAAGCUAAACGACCAAAAGUGUGACAAGUUAAACCCCUUCAUCUGUGAGCAAUAUCCUCCAACAGUCCCACCUCCUGCCACCACCACGAGUUCCUCAGAAAUCACCAGCCUUCAAACCACAGCGGCGACAGAGAACCAUAUCCACACAGUCAAAACUACCACAUUCUUCAACCUGAAUCAGGCCUUUACAGAUGAUCCGACGCACGAAGAACCAUCAACAACAGACCAGAACAUUGCGGCCUCGACAUUAGUAAUCAAGACAACAAGGGAUGACAAGAAAGAGUACACAGAACACCAUCUUAGUGAUUCACAGACUGAUUCAAAAAUGACACCAGAACCGUCAAGUAUUGUGAAAAAUACCCCAAGACCUUCACCCACUUAUCCUAGAACGUCAAUGCUCAACGUAUCGAACCAACACAAUACAUCCAUGGCGUCAACUCAGUUCCAUAAAACACAACAUUCCUCAAGUACAUCGAAAACAACUGGAAACCAAGAUAAAAAUGGGUGUCCAGCCCUGGAAGCCUACGAUAUUUCCUGGCCUAGAGCAAGGAAUGGAGAGGUGGUUAGCCGUCAAUGUAAAACUGGACCUGGGUUUGCCACCUGGAAGUGCGAUGAUGUAAGAGCAGAAUGGAUGGGAAGACCUUCUAUAGAAGACUGUGUGUCUAAAAAUUUAAUGAGAAUCCUGAAUCAGAAAUUGAUUACAAUGGAGGAUGUGUCCCAGCUUACAGCAGACUUAGUGGACACUCUAGACGCCAGCAAAAGAACAGUAGCAGACAUUGUCACAACAACUCGUGUGCUUAAUUCCAUCUCAGACCUAAAACCAAAGGAUGAAGAGGAAUUCAGAAAUUUUGCUCAAGACACAAUAUCGAUAGGAAGUCUGCUGAUCAAGCAGACGAGAGAUGCCUCGGAUCUGUCAGCGGAUGAUAAAAAAAGAGUGGCCUCCGUCAUCUUGUCGGCUGUUGAGGACGCAGCCAGCAAACUUCUGGAUUCCAUGGACAAACCCAUGGCGUUCGAAACUAAAUCACAUACAAUAUUGGCAAUGUUCCACGUCUUGGACUCUAAAUCCGCCAAUGACCUGAGGUUCAAUAGUGGAGAUACAGAAACAGAUUUCCUUGUUCCCUCACAUACAAUACGACAUUAUAACAUAGACGGUUUGACAAAAGUGGUGUUCUUGAAGCACUUUAAUGGCGCCGAUUUACUUCCUGUUCCUGAUAUAAACUACACUGUCCUCAAAGACAUCCUCAGCGCAUCUAUUCCUGGUUUUGAUGUCAACAACCUGCAAGAUCCGGUGACAUUUACCAUGAAACUAGAAAAGAGCAGGUUUUCUGGAUCUUCCAUAGCAACACCGCUCUGCUCCUUCUGGAACUUUUCAAAAGGAGAAGUUGGAGAUUGGUCACAAGACGGGUGCUCGUUGAGGGACAUGAACAGUACACACGUCACGUGUCAGUGUGACCACCUCACAAACUUCGCCAUUCUGAUGGACGUGUCGGGAGUCGAGCUGGGGUACGAGCACGUCAUGUCGCUGACAUUUAUAAGUUACAUUGGGUGCAUUGUCUCCAUCAUAUUCCUCGCCACCAGUUGGUUAACCUUUCAAUGUCUAGGGUCGUUACAAGGCGAGAGGAACUCCAUUCACAAGAAUCUUGUGUUUUGUCUGUUCGUAGCAGAGGUCAUCUUUUUAAUCGGCAUCGGAAGAACGGAACAAAAGGUCACUUGUGCCGCCACGGCACUGCUUCUUCACUUCUUUUUCCUGUCCGCCUUCACGUGGAUGUUGAUGGAAGGAAUUCACAUUGUAGUUAUGCUGGUGCAAGUGUUUGAUGCGGCCAAGUCAAGGCUGAAAUAUUAUUAUCUUGUAGGUUAUGGCGCCCCAAUCAUUGUGGUCGUUAUAACAGCAGGGGCAGACUACACUGCUUAUGGAACGGAUAAUUAUUGCUGGUUGACGACACGAAACUGGUUCAUAUGGAGUUUUGCUGGGCCUGUAGCUCUAGUGCUUGUGGUCAAUGCUUUGGUGCUUUUUUAUUCCAUGACAAUGGUUUGCAGACAUUCCGCUUACGUUUUUACUCAGGAUCGCUCCCAGUCAGGGACAUUUAGGGCGUGGAUCCAAGGCGCGUUUGCUAUCGAGGUUUUGCUUGGUUUGACUUGGGUAUUUGGGUACUUUUUCAUUAACAAGGAGUCGGUAGUGAUGGCCUACAUAUUCACCAUACUCAACAGUCUCCAGGGACUUUUUAUCUUUAUCUUCCACUGUGCCAUGAACAGAAAAGUGAGAGGGGAAUACAAAAGACUUGUACGCCUCAGCAAGCGAUUACCAACUACAACUAAACCACAAUCCAACUCGGUCCGAAAGCAGAGCGGCUCGUAUGAAUUGUACGUUCCUUCCUCGUAACAAGAAAAUUGGCUGUUACAAAUUUCCAAGUUAUAUAGUCAAUGUAUGAAGAUUAAUUAACGGUUAAAAAGUAUUAGAUUUUACAGUCUAAAAAAGAUCUUAAUGACCCCCUCCUCCCCAAAUAAAAGAGAGUUGUAGUUGUCAAAGACGCACCACUGCGGAAAGAAUUAACUCACGUCCCGAAACAAUUUUUUUUUCUGGAGCAGUAUUAUAGUAUUAUGUAAAUUGUAAAUAUGUUGGUUCAUUUUUUGUAUGAACGAUUUACAUUGUACAUAGAUAUGUUUAUCCUUUAAAUCUGAAGGCCAGUACAUGUCCAUGUAUUACGAGUCAUUAAUAUACUAAAACAGUGUUUUGUCACCCCCCCCCCCCCUUAUGUCGAUUCGGUUGUACUAUGCAAUCAGUUUAGUAGUUUACGUUCUGAAGCAUUGAAAGAAUUAUUUUACAAUAAUGUGAAAGUAAAGGCAAAUAUUCAUAAAAAUAAUUCUUAAUACUAUGAAAACUAUUAAAUAAAGUCCCCCAAUUUAUCAAUUUGAAAUAUACCUUGUUUUCUUUACUGCUCAGGGUUGUAUGUUAAUUACAUGUGCUUGAAUUGAGAAUUUAAAACUGUGUUUUAAAACAAGAAUGUACAUAGUAGUAUUUGUAUAUACUAGUAACUUCCCAAAGCCUUUAUUAUCCGAUACUGGCUCCAUGUUUUACGUAUUUGUCGAUAUUUCAGUCUGUUUGUUAUAUGUGGGAUUAGAUAUGAAUGACGCUUCACUGCCAUGUUUUAUUGUUAUUUGUAUCUGUAUGUUGUACAAUUAUGACUGUUUACAUUUUUUUUUUAUUUUAUUUUUUAUACAAUAAAUUGUUAUACAAA